AUGCCCGACAUGUACACCAUCCAGCUCCCCUCAAAAGCGAGCUCACAAUCCGAAAAGAACGACUCGACUCUGCAAUAUAAUACACAAACGGCGCAUUUCCGUGGACGCAAACUUCGAGGUCGACGCGUCGCCCUUCCUGAUGGCUAUCAAGGUGUAGUCGCAACACCCACAGACCGUGUGCUACCUGCAGCUCAGCGGGCAGACAGCGAUGGCGCUGAGGAUGCAGAGGCUGAGCCUGAGGAACCAGUGAAGAUCAUGGAGACGCAGGGAACUUUUGAUGAGUUUGUAGUAUGGGGGCAUGAGGCUCUUCCGGCGGCAGAUGACACUUUUGUCAAGGGAGUGGAGGAGUGGUUGCAGUUUGCAGAUGCGAUGCAUACAACCCCAUCAUCGGUGACGAAUGGAAACAAGGAGUCUGCUGCUGCUUAA